AAACGUCAUAACCAAUGGCAGCGCUGGACUCGAGAUGUCAUUCCGAGACUGAUAGAUGUUUAUGCCGACUAUAUGUCAAGGUCAAAAGGGCUACGCGAGAUACCGGCGACUCCCUGCAAUACCACCAGUUGUAGUUGCGACAAGAAGCUACUUGAAGUUGACUGCAUAUCAUUUGACCGUGUAGUCCAUGUGUCUCUCCAAACAUGCAGAUGCCGCACGGCACCUAUGCAGUUGCUUGCUCGUGGUUUUUUCCCCUGCGCCCCUAUCGCUCCUUCUAUGGCCUUUGAUCUCCGUCUGCUUGAAUUUGCCCGUCUACUGUUUGCUAGACUGACACCGAAUUCUACUGGGUGGUGUGAAGCUGUCGAGGUGUUCAUGUAUUUGCUUCGCUAUAGGCUAGAUACCAAG